AGUUGAGUGCACUUUGAGGAGGACAGAGAUGUGAAAUAAAGAACAGCGAAACUAGAAAGAACGGAACAGCAAAAAUGGAAAGAACAGAAAGGAACAAAAAUGGGAAUGGAACAAAAAUUGAAAGAACGGGAAGCAUCCACAGGAAAGUAAAGUCAAGACAACACAAGGCUGAAGUUAUGAUUGCUGGAGAACAACUCAGACUACGACUGCAUGACGGCAAACUCAUAAAAGAGCACAGAUACCACCUGCGUAACUACCCAAACUGCUUUGUAGCACAUGAGGUCAUUGAUUGGUUGGUAAGCCACAAAGAGGCACCAAAUCGUCCAGUGGCCAUCCUGCUCAUGCAACACUUGAUAGACCAUGACAUUGUUCACCAUGUGUGUGACAAGAGCCCCAUCUUCAAGGACGCCAAGAUGUUGUACCGCUUCAGGAAGGAUGAUGGCACAUUUCCCUUCAACAUUGAAGUGAAGAUCUUCAUGCGUGGGCAGAGUCUUUAUGAGCACCUCAUCGGCGGCAAGGACUCCAUCCUCCAGCUGCGGGAGGAGAAAGAGGUGAUGUAUGAGCGCUCUUUCCCCGGCUGCCAGUUCAUCGACUGGUUGCUCCAGAACGGAGAGGUGCCCAGCCGUCGGCAGGGGCUGGAGCUGUCCAGGGCGCUGCUGGAGCAAGGCAUCAUUCAGCACGUCUCUCUGAAGCACCACUUCUUUGACAGCGGGCUCCUGUACAAAUUCUGCAUUAACUUCCGCCGCCGCCGCCGACUCUCGGAGCUGCUGAACGAGAACCAGCGUGAAGAGGAGGGUGUGGCUCCAUCGAGGCAGGAGGAAGGAGCUGAAAGCCCCUUCAUGCUGCGCAAGAACCCCUCCACACAUGGAAACACCACCUUCUUGUCAACUCAGCCCUCUGAACCGAAGACUGCAUCAGGAUCGCGUCGGAGCAGCCUGACAAAUCAGCCAGUCACUGGCAGUUACAGUCAUGCCCACUCCCUCGCCUCAGGGCCUGUGGUGAGGUGCAACCCCAAAUCAGUGCUGAGGAGAAAUGUCACCUGUGAGGAACUGUUGUCCCCUGGUGCUCCUUUCUUCAGGAGGGUUUUAACGGUGUUGGGAGAUGCUUUGGGUUGGGGUUUUGUGGUUAGGGGAAGAUCCCCGUGUUAUGUGCAAGCUGUGGAUCCCAGCAGUCCUGCAGCAACUGCUGGGGUUAAGGUGCGUCAGUUUGUCUGCCAAGUGAAUGGGCGCAGUGUCCUCCAUCUGGAUUACCGUACACUGAGAAAGCUUGUGAUGUCUGGACCUCGUACUGUGGUGUUGGAAGUGAUGGAGCCAAUUGAUUAACCUAUAUGGCAAUCAGCCAGGGCAUCAUCCAUGUAACAUUAAUUUAUGUACAGCUCUCGUGUUUAUGAUUUUGGUUUCACUUUUUGCUAUAGCUAUCAGCAAACUGACUACGCCAUAACUAUGGUAAUUGACCACAUGCAGAAUAGGCCUAGAGGGUAGGCCCAUAGUCCAGUUGAUAGCCAAUAUAAAUGCCAGCUUAUUAAUGCCUAAACUAUGCCUGGCCUAUUUGUUUGGACUUGCCAGACUAAAGAGAAAAGUAUCAUUUAAUGAAGUUAAUAAACGGCACUCUGAUUGUCUGCACGUG